AUGGCACUCUCGUUUUACCAACGGCCAAUGAACGCUCAAAUUAACGAAAUCCGGCUCCUGGAACUGACAAAAGGCUCGUCCUCAGAUCCAGUAUCGUGCUCUAUGAGGUUGGUUUCUCUGGACGACGCGGAUAUUGAGUAUGAAGCAUUGUCCUAUGUUUGGGGGACAGUCGCCGGACAUGUGCCAAUUCAAGUUUGUGGAGAAAGCUUCGAAGCCACAAGCAAUCUCGAGUUGGCGCUACGGCAUUUGCGGUACAAAGAUCGCAGCCGUUUACUCUGGGUGGACGCUGUCUGUAUAAAUCAAAUGGAUAUACCGGAGAGAAAUAGCCAAGUAAAACUGAUGGGUUCAAUCUAUGAGACUGCGCACCAGGUCGUCGUGUGGCUCGGAGAGGAGGAAAGUGAUACUAUGGAGAUCAUAGAGCUCAUUCAUCGUAUGGCUGGAAAUCACGAAUUCCACUGGGCAGACUUCACUCCAAUAGAAGAUUAUGAGCCUAGACCGGAACUCGGUGUGGAUCGUUUGCUUCUGUUCAUGUUCUUUCGCAAGCCAUGGUGGACUCGCAUGUGGACACUGCAAGAAAUGGCAAAAGCAAAGAGCUUGACCUUCAUCUGCGGCUCUCAUGUUAUAUCCGGCAAAACUUUUGAAUUGCUAGUUCAGAGCUUUUACAUACAUUAUCAAGUCUGUUGUUUUCCUGAAAAUAAUAAUCCUAUUCUGACCUUGCCCCAUCUCGAAAAUCGAUUUUUGGAGCUUCAAAGAAUUGAAAAUCUGAGGAAAAGUCGCACUCGUGUUGGAUUCCUUGAAUUGGCUCGUUUAUACAGAUAUCGCAUCGCAACUGACCCUCAUGAUAUGGUAUAUGGGCUCCUCGGUAUGUCGUUGGACCUUGAUGACAAAGUCAUCAAUUAUCAACUGCCGGUUGCUGAAGCUUAUGAACUUGCCACAUUGGCAUUGAUCGCGAAAACGGGUAAUCUCGACGUUUUCAGCCAUGUUCUUGAGCAUCCUUCAGACGCUUCACAUGAGCAUACAGAGAACCUCCCUUCUUGGGUACCAGAUUGGAAAUUGGAAUACAAGUUCGAGGUCCUUCGCUUCUCUGGUAAACGCCAGGAAGCAUUCUCCACGCAUAAAACCUCGGGAUCCAUUCCUGUGGAUAUCAAUCGAGUAUCACCCGGCAAAAUAGCUAUAAAGGGACUCCUGUUUGAUACUGUGGAAGAACUUGCGCACGCUAAAGCUCCUUCGAUACUCAUUAGCUAUGAGUCAAUCGACGAAUGGCGAGAAUUUGCAGGAGUUGAUGAGAAACCGGAAGAGCCCUAUGCUGGCGGCAAGACUCUCAUAGAUGCAUUUUGGCGGACGCUAUGCUGCGAUAUGAGUGUAAUCAGGGGAGAGAAGCGGGCUACUUUCAAAGAUCGGAUACUACAUGAUGAAUGGUGGUGGAUAUUUCUCUUGAUGAAAUACGAACAGAAUGCCCAGGGACAAUUAAAGAAGCUGAGGCAAGAGGAAUUGCGCGGUGUGAACCAGCUUGCUCUUUCCAUAUAUUCUUAUACCGCUGGUCGAAGAUUCUUCCGAACAAAGACAGGUUACAUUGGUGUCGGGCCAUCAGGAAUGAAAGAAGGUGAUCAAGUUUGCGUUCUGUUCGGAGGAAAGACCCCGUUCAUCCUCCGUAGAAAAGAUCCUGAAGCAAAAGUACACAAUAAGUCAGUAGAGGAGUGGAUCUUUGUAGGUGAUGCUUAUGUUCAAGGGAUUAUGAAUGGAGAAGCUAUAAAAAGUAUGGAAAACGAACAGUUGUAG